UUCUUUGUUGCGCAAAGACGAGGCGAAGUGCAGUAGCUGCAGUGGUCUGGCUGAUGGGGCAACGUCGGGCCUACCCUCCAACGAAGUGCCACACAGAAUCUAAGGCAAAUACAAGGAAGUCCGCAGUUACUGCUGCUAUGAAGAGAGAAAAAACGUGGCUUCUCGAAGCCAAGGUGAGUUGGCGUAGUGUCGCUCUGCAGAGUAGCCUGAUGAUACAGGCUGAGAUAUGGCGACAUUGUGACCAGCUCAUGCUGUACUAGAGUAUAGCGCAGUGCCUCGAGGGGCUAUCGUUGUACCCUUUGCUCCAACAUAGUGCGAGGGAUAGCUACGCGGCGCGUCAGGGAGCGAGGAGGAGGGAGGGAGAUUAUAGGAAGGCCUCAACCUCCGCGUCGUGCUAAAUACGGUGAUCCGACUCGUGCUCAUCGAUCUCCGCGUCCUGCUCCGACACAUUGGCCUCAACCUCCGCGUUGUGAAUGCCGCGCUCGGGUGUUGGGCCUCUGCCACGGCCAGGACAUCCGCGCCUCAUCAGGCAGCCCAGCGCGACGCCUCAGACCAAGAACAAGAUCAAGACACCAGCGAAGACUGCAAUGGAUCCCCAUGGCUCGGUGGUGGCUGUGGUGUUUGACGUGGCCGAACUCGUGCCCGUAUCGGUGGUCGUCGUGGCCGUCUUGGUGGUCGUCGCGGUGGUCGUCUCAGUUGUUGUCUCAAUUUUGUUGUCUCGGUGGUUGUCUUGAUGGUGGUAGUAGUGCUUGACGUCGCGGAACUCAUGGCCGUCUCGGUGGUGACGAUGGUGCCGUCGAACACGUACGCGGAGCCAGACUGGGCCCCCACCACCACGCGGGCCCCGUCGGAGCUCACGGCCACCGAGUAACCGAAGAAGUCGAAGGCGGCCCCAUCACUCGCCACAAGCUUGAGCAGCCUCUCGCCGUUGGUGCCGUCGAACACGUACGCGGAGCCAGACUUAGUGCCCUGAUCGUCGUCGUCACCGUAGGCCACCACCACCACGCGGGCCCCGUCGGAGCUCACGGCCACCGAGUAACCGAAGAAGUCGAAGGCGGCCCCAUCACUCGCCACAAGCUUGAGCAGCCUCUCGCCGUUGGUACCGUCGAGCACGUACGCGGAGCCGGAGCUGUCGUCGUCACGGUAGGCCCCCACCACCACGCGGGCCCCGUCGGAGCUCACGGCCACCGAGUAACCGAAGAAAACGAAGGCGGCCCCAUCACUCGCCACAAGCUUGAGCAGCCUCUCGCCAGUGGUGCCGUCGAACACGUACGCGGAGCCCGCUGCUGAAAAUGCCGUACCCUGGUCGUCAUAGUAGUUUGGAGGCCCCCACCACCACGCGGGCCCCGUCGGAGCUCACGGCCACCGAGAAACCGAAGCAGUCGAAGGCGGCCCCAUCACUCGCCAAGAGCUUGAGCAACUGCGCGCCGCUGGUAGCCUGGCGCCUCCCGAGCUCGGCCUGCGGCACGCGAGGGCGAUCGCUCGCCGAGCGGGGUGCGACGCUCUACCAGCAGCGGGAGCAGCGCGCCGACGCUGUGAGACGUGCGAGGGCGCAUCAUGCCGUCUGCGGAUGUGCAGAGCUGAGAGGAACGAGAGACGCCCGAGGGGAGCCCUGGGAGGCCGGCGACGGCCCCUCGGAACCUUGAGCCAAAAUUGCUUGAGCCAAAAUGGCUACGGAGUGUGUGCUAUCUCCCUUCUUG